AUGACGCCUGUCGCUGAAAACUCGCUACGCAAGGCCGCGGUAUUCGUCCGUGGUCUCGCGCCUGACGCCGCCGCGGCAAUGCUCGGUCGGCUCUCCGCUGAAGAAGCGCGCGCCUUGCGUGUCGCUAUUGCCGAGCUUGAGCAAGCAGGGGACGGCAAACCAGCGACGAGCGCGUCGAUGCCAGCUUCCCAGGAUGGCUCGGUCGAGUUGCAGCUGAGCACCUCGCCCUACAACCCGGGCCCUCAGAAUAAGCCGCAGCCAACUACCGAGCCUGAACCGCUCGAUGGAGCCGCUUGGUUCCGCCAACUCCGCGACGCCGACCCGCAAUCGAUCGCCGACUACCUAUCGCGCGAACAACCGCGGGCUAUCGCUCUGGUGCUCGGCUACCUUCCGCCGGACCUUAGCGCGGGAGUCCUCCAAUGCCUGCCGGCGGAGGAGCAACCGCGCGUCGUCGCCCAACUCGCCGACCAGCACGAGGCGGACCCCGACAGCCUCCGUGUCAUAGCGACGGGUCUUGCCGACUGGGUGCGUCGUCACCAUGAAGAAGACCAGCGGCGCUCGACGCGAGUCGCGACGAUCCGCCAGAUCGUCGCCGCCACGCCAGAAGAUAAACGCCGCGGUUUGCUGGCGACACUCGCCGCGUCGGAGCCGCACCUGGCCGCCGCACUUGCCGACUUGACGCCACAGCAGCCGCCGAAGCCCACGCCAGCCGUGGCGAAGCCAACGCCCGCGCCACAACCGCAGCCGACGCUCACGAUCGACGACCUGCGGCGUGUCGAUGGCCGAGCGCUCGCCGAAGCGGUCGGCUCACUCGACGCGCGGACGGCGCUGCUGGCCCUCGCCGCGGCGCCCGACGAGGUAGUGAGCAACCUGACGGCCGGCUUGCCCCGGAUCGCAGCGCGGGAACUACGCCAGCGGAUGCACCGCGUCGGCCCGACGACGCUCGUCGAGAUCGACCGCGCGCAAUCGGCGCUCGCCCUUGCCGUCGAGCAGGUCGUGAGCCAGCGCCGACUCAACCGCAUCACCGGCGCCGAUGAAGCGCCGCAACCGCCGGCGUUCACGCUCAGCGACAUGGCGUCACAGGGCGACGCCUACGUCCACACGGUGCGAACCGAAGCGACGAAGGUCGUUCAGAAAGCCAAGGCCGAGGCCGACCGCAUCCGCAAGAAGGCCGAGGCCGACGGGCAAGCCGCCGCCAAGGCGUCGAUGGCGAAGUUGCUUGACGAGCGUAUGGGCGCCGAGUUGGCGACCUUGCGGCCGGCACUGCAGUCCGUCGUCUCCGAGAUCGAAGCCGCCCGCGGCGAGUGGCACGCCCACUGGCGGCAGUCCGCCAUCGGUCUAGCUGUCGCGAUCGCUGAGAAGAUUGUCCGACGCGAACUCCGCGACGAUCCCACGAUCAGCCAAACUUGGCUCGCCGAGGCAUUGGAAUUGGCCGCCGGCGCCAGCGACAUCACCGUACGCGUCGCGCCGGUUGACCUGGAAAGCCUCCGGAGUCACGCCGAGGCGCUAGCCGCUUCGAUGUCCGGAAUAGGCGACGCCCGUUUUGUCGCGGAUGAAUCGAUCGAGCCCGGCGGUUGUCGCGUUGAGACCCGACACGGCUCGAUCGAUCAGCAAUUGAAGACGCAAAUCGACCGCUUGUUCGAAGAACUUUCCUAA